AGAACAAAAACAUUGAAUGCCUUAAUUUCUUCAUCUUCCUAUAAAACCAUAUGUCCAUUUUCUCUUCAGUUCCUCCUCAUUCAUUAUCUACAAUCUUUCUCUUUCUCUUUCUCUCUCUAUUAACUUUGGUCUAAUUAAGAUCGAUCGAUGGCUAAGGGAAGAGGCAGUGCAUCAUGGACGACUCGAGCCAUAGUGGCUCUGAUGGCUGUGUCAGUGAUGUUGCUUCAAGCUGACUACGUUCAAGCUGCGACUUACACAGUCGGUGAAUCCAACGGCUGGACCUUUAACGCUGUUGGUUGGCCUAGAGGCAAACAUUUUAAAGCCGGUGACGUUCUUGUGUUUAACUAUAAUCCGAGCAUCCACAACGUGGUCGUGGUAGAUAGUGGAGGGUACAACAAUUGCAAAACGCCGGCAGGUGCGAAAGUUUACACAACAGGCAAAGAUCGUAUAACUUUGUCUAAAGGACAAAACUUCUUCAUCUGCAAUUUUCCAGGCCAUUGCGAAUCCGCCAUGAAAAUCGCAGUCACUGCUGUUUGACCUUUGAUCGAUCACGUAAAUCGAAAUUUCGAUAGUAUGAUCAUCACUUUGCUAUGUUCUUAAGAAAAUAUUAAGUAUUCAAUAAAGUUUGCACCUUACUUAUUUAAGUUGCCAAACUUGUAAUGUUUUCUUGUAUCUUCCGACAAAUGUCCGGUCAUCCGGUGUUGUAUCUGCAAAGAACCAUAUAUAUAGUUGGUUUAAUA